CACAGCAAGCGCUCGACAGGAGAGCAUCUCCCUCUCGGAGUCGGCUCUCGGUUAAUGCACGAUGGUAGGGAGGAGCGGCCCGCCUUCCCCGAUGGCUGAGUGAGUGAGGAUGCGACUCCCCAGCUCCAUAUUUGUGUCGGUGUCUCUGUUCACGGCUGAGACCACGGCAGCCCUCUACCUCAGCUCCACAUACCGCUCCGACGGCGACCAGAUCUGGCAAGGGCUCACCCUCCUCUUCACCCUAGUAACGUCGGUGCUCGUGCAGCUGACGCUCACCUUCAUUCACCGGGACCUUAGCAGGGACCGACCGCUUGUUCUGCUACUUCACAUUCUACAGCUCGGACCCAUCGUGAGGUGUCUGGAGGCGUUCUGUAUCUACGGCAGUGUGGGGCGGGUAGAGGAGCCGUAUGUCAGCAUCACGCGGAAGCGCCAGAUGCCCAGGGGGGGCCAGUCUGAGGAGGUGGAGAGACAGGUGGGGCAGGCAGAGGGCAAGCUGUUCACCCACCGUGCCGCCUUUGCCCGCACCUCUGUCAUCCAGGCCUUCCUGGGCUCCGCCCCCCAGCUCACCCUGCAGCUCUACAUCUGUGUCCUGCAGCAGGGGGUGUCCAUCGGCAGAGGCACCCUCAUGGUGAUCUCCCUGCUGUCCAUCGUAUAUGGUGCCCUGCGUUGCAACAUCCUGGCCAUCAAGAUCAAGUAUGACGACUACGAGGUGGACGUGCGUCCCGCCGCCUACCUCUGCAUAUUCCUGUGGCGCAGCUUCGAGAUCGCCACGCGCGUCACCGUCCUGGUCCUCUUCAGCUCCGUACUGCAGCUCUGGAUCCUUCCUGUGGUUCUGCUCAACUUCUUCCUCUUCUUCCUCUACCCGUGGGUGCUGUUUUGGCAGAGCCACUCGCCCUUCCCGGAGAACAUCGAGAAGACCCUAACACGGGUGGGCACCACCAUCGUCCUCUGUCUCCUCACGUUCCUCUACGCAGGCAUCAACAUGUUCUGCUGGUCGGCGGUGCAGCUGAAGCUCAACGAUCCAGACCUGAUCAACAAGUCUCAGAACUGGUACCGCAUGGCCGUGUACUACAUGCUGAGGUUCGUGGAGAACGCCUCUCUGCUUCUGCUGUGGUACAUCUACAAGACAGACUUCUAUAGGUUCAUCUGUGCUCCGUUGUUAGUGCUGCAGCUGCUGGUGGCCUACGCUAUGGCCAUCUUCUUCAUGCUGGUGUUCUAUCAGUUCUGCCACCCGUGUAGGAAGCUCUUCUCCUCCAAUAUGACCCAAGGCCUGUGGGACUGCUCCGCCCUGCUCUGUCUAGUCUGCUACGCUCCUGACAGGGACGCCAUCAGGCCAAUAGAGAAGGCUGGUCUGGACCCUCUGACCCCCGAUCCCACCCCCCACACGGAGACAGCCAAUGACACGUCAUAUGAUGUGGUCAAUGACACGGCAUACACCAUGCCCAAUGACACAAUGACCUAUGACAUGCCCAAUGACACGACUCAUGAAGUGUUGAGCGAGAUGAACGGUGACGUAAGCCACAGUCUGUCCAGCAACACUUAAGGAGCCGUGAUUGAUUGUGUGUAGGGUAGGGCUGCACGAUAUGGGCAAAAACUCGAAUUGCGAUUUUUGGACCGAACAUUGUGAUUGUGAUUUGACUUGCGAUAUAGAUACAAAACCCUUGGCUGAACUGUUGGAAUCAUUGAAAUAGAAUGACUUAUAUUAAGAAACAAAGUGGAAAGUAGCGUUGGCCUUGUUUGGAACUGUUGACUGCGUUUGACCUAACAGAACAGCAUGCAAAUGUAUAGUGAAUCUAACAGCAAGGAGGAGGAACUGCACUGCUUGAUUGACCAGGGCUGGAGCUUGGUGUGUGUGUGGGAAGCAGUCGCAAUAGAAGAGGGAGAGAGACGACAGAGUCAACUAUAAAAAUGGACGAUACACACAGCUUAGUGCCGUUUCAAAAUAUUGCAUGCGAUAUGGAUCUCUUGCGAUAUGGCUUUUGCAAAUGACAAUAUUGUGAUUUGAUGUGAAUUCUAUUAAUUCUGCAGCCCUAGUAUAGGGUCAGGAGUAUUCCUAAACUUGUGACUGAACCAGGUAGAGGCUUUCCUGUUCAGGUCAUGUGGUCUGGAAAUCCUCCUGGUCCUAGUUAUGUGCCAUUCAGAGGAAGGUGGAUACACAGAGCAACAUUUGCUGUACUGUCUCAUUCUGUAAUCCUUUAAGUGCCAUAUGAACCCCUCUGCCCUGUCAGUUAAGUUUACACUGAACUAGGGUUGCAAAAUUCCGGUAACUUUUCAAAUAUUCCUUGGUGUUCCAGGAAUCCUGGUUGGAGGAUUCCCCUAUUUCCGGUUUAUUCCCUCGUAAUUCCAGGAAUCUUCCAACUAGUAUUUCUGGAAAACCUGGAAUUUUGGGAAAGUUACUGGAAUUUUGCAACCCUACUCUGAACCGUAAUCUGAACUAUACUCUGAACCAUACUCUGAACCGUAAUCAGAUCUAUACACUUAACCAUACACCAAACCAUAAUCUGAACCGUAAUCUGAACCAUACACUGAACCAUACUCUGAACCGUAAUCUGAACCAUACUCUGAACCGUAAUCUGAACCAUAUACUGAACCAUACACUGAACCAUAAUCUGAACCGUAAUCUGAACUAUACACUGAACCAUACUCUGAACCGUAAUCUGAACUAUACACUGAACCAUACACUGAACCAUACACUGAACCAUACUCUAAACCAUACACUGAAACAUACUCUGAACCAUACACUGAACCAUAACCAUAAUCUGAACCAUACUCUGAACCAUACACUGAACCGUAAUCUGAACCGUACUCUGAAUCGUAAUCUGAACCAUACUCUGAACCAUACACUGAACCAUACACUGAACCAUACUCUGAACCAUACUCUAAACCAUACACUGAACCAUAAUCUGAACCAUACACUGAACCCUACGAUCUUAACCCCAUACCCAUAACCUUAUUCUACUGUGUGUCUCUAACCAAAUAACUUGAAUGCUAUCAUUCUGUUUAACCCUUAACCCCCGUUCUGUUACCAAACCCCCAAACUGUAACCCCUUACUCCCCUAACCAAUGCUGCGACGGCAGUAUCCCCUUGCCAUGGAGAGAGACUACAGUUGAACAUUGCUGUGUUGACAGCUUCACUGUUAGUGUAUAAUGGAAGAACAGGCAAUGUAUGAUAUUGUCCACCAGCCGGCUCUCUCUGAAUUUAGCCAGGGGAUGAGGUUAGGCAAUGUACAGUGAUGCUGACGAAGUAGUUCUUGUGAGAAUGUCCUCACGCAGUCCGUGAUGUUUAUUCUACCUAAGCCAGUAUUACCGACCAACUACAGACAAAUCAUUGGAUGUAGGGAUUCUUCAGCAACGAACUCAACUACUGACAUAGUAUCAGUGUUUAACAGACUUUCGUACAACCAGAAUGUAACUUGUCUGCAGCCUUUUCUAUGGAAGUCAAGUCCUGGCGAUAUGGACAGAAUGCUACACAGACAGAUUCAAGUGGUCCGAAGUGAGUCUGCCACAAUAGCUUUUCUAAUGAGGUUUCUUCAUUUGGUUACGCAUUUCAUAGAACUAAAUACUUGUCUAUACAGUCACUCACAUUAAUCAAUCAAUCAAAUAUAUUUAUAAAGCCCUUUUUACAUCAGCAGAUGUACAGAAACCCAGCCUAAAACCCCAAACAGCAAGCAAUGCAGAUGUAGAAGUACGGUGGCUAGGGAAAAACUCCCUAGAAAGGCAGGAACCUAGGAAGAAACCUAGAGAGGAACCAGGCUCUGAGGGGUGGCCAGUCCUCUUCCAAAGGACUUAUACAUUGCAUUACUACAUUACUCAUCAAAACUUACCAAGUAUUUGGGAAUUAGUGUAUAUACAGUGUUUCACAUUGGCAUGGGGGUGUGCAUGUACUGAACUGGACCCAUCACAUACAAAUUUGAAAGCUUUGUGUGGUGUAAUGUAAAUAUUAGGUUGGGUUUACAGUUUUUUUCCUUUGUACACUCUACUCUUACGGCUGUGACCAAUGCUGCUUUUAUACUUCCUUGAAAAAGAGCUUAAUCAUUGAUGUGCACGCUGCUUCUGUGGUGUUUCUAAGUGCUUGUGACAUGGGUGACAGUGAUUUCUAAGCCAGCACUAGAGUACAUGUAAAGAGACCCAUCUCUCAUCAAACAGACAAACACAUAACUGUAUUUCAGACAGGAAACACCACGUGUUUGUUUAACCAUUUAUUAUAAAAGAUUACAAUACAUGCAA